AUGCCCACCUCAUUUGAUAACGAAAUCAACCAUACUUCGAGCGGACCAUCACAAUCCAACAAAACGAAAGGCGCUUCAGCUGGAGUGCAGAUUCCCACCAAGAACGCCAAAAAAAAUGGGACGGCGAGGGAUGGCGGUGCUGCUGGAGGGGUUAUGGCUGCGGUGACGAGGAGUAAUGCAGCGAAAUCCCUGGGUGAAUCGCCUCCUACGCUACCCUCUUCAUACGAAGACAAGAUCACGAACUACGGCUACCCUGGAAAAGAACCAAAGGGAUCUCCCAAUAAUCACAUCCCUUCAUCUUCUCCAUUAAAUACAAUAAGUCGUAGAAGACCGCUGAGCUAUCAAAUGGAUGGAAACCUGCCAUACAGUCCUGAAGAAUAUCACUCUGCACUGGCGUUUGCAGCUCGACGUACCUCAACCUAUUCACAACAAUCACAAGCGGUACGAUAUAAUCCUUAUCCACCGCUUCCACAUCAACCUCAAGCUCAUUUCCAUGGAGCGCCGGAUACCAAUCUUAUGUUGUCACCUAGAACCUCGGGUCUGAUCCCUGGUGAGAAAGGCUUUUAUUGUGGAUUUGAUAGUUAUCCGGCUCAGGAUGCAAGCAAACCUCCAAAUAAUGUGAUUGUUACUGGAUUUGAGGGUGGGCUAAGUAUUCAUAAUGUCACCAAGAGAGGUGUGAAUAAGAUACUCAAUUUAGAUGGGUUGAGAGGUGGGGUCUACAACUCCAAGAUCCUUCCGUGGACCGCUGGAUCGGAGCAUUCCGUUCAAUAUCCUUUGAUCGCUGUCGUUGUUCACGGUCCGGUUCGUACAACCAGUGAGAAUUCCCCUGAAUAUACUACGUCUCCGGAAAGCCCUCCUGCGCCGACUGAUGCAGUGGGUUCUCCAAGGUUGUCUACCCGCUCCAUCGAUGGCGAGAACGAUGAUGACUUGAUAGAAUGUUAUCAAACAACAGUUGAAGUAUAUUCAUUAAGUACAAAGAAACAUAUUGCCACUCUGCUAUAUACUCCAAAGAUACACUUGCCAAUAUCUCCGUCAAGCCCAUUAUUUACAGCACCAGCUCCAGUUGGGUCGUUCACAAUUCGAGCAGAUAGGGGUAAUGUUGUCGUAGCCUCGGGUAUCACUGGUGAAACAUGGAUUUUUCGGCACAAGGACAAAACUGUUUCAGAAGUCGAGUUCAAGUGUAUUGGGAAAGUAUGGACAACUGUUCAACACGGUCUUUCUGUAGAUCCAGCGGUCUUCAACAAUUUUGCGGAAGGUGUACGUCAGCCGGAAGCCAGCCCACGAUCUCAAUACAAAGCCUCAAUACUAUCUUUGAAUGGACGUUGGCUGGCCUAUUGUCCCUCGGCAGCAUUGUCCCAAGUCUCACUCCGUGCUACUGUUCCAGAGACUCUUGCAACGGGGCGCGUACCUGGCCUGAUUUCACAAGCUCCUCCUCAUAUUCCCGCGGUAAACUGUCUGGUGGAUACUCCCGGUGGUGAAGGGGUGUUAAAGCAAGUUCUUCAAGCUGCAACACAGGGAAUUGUCGAGAUAUCUGGAUAUGUUGGGAAGCAAGGUGCUCAGUAUUGGAAUAAUUACUGGAACAAGUCCGCAGCACCCCAGCAAACGAAUGGUGGGAACACAUAUUCAGCACCGCAGAACAAUUCUCCCCAGUUUCCUCCUACGCAUGGACUCAAUUGCCAAGCAAACACGACAAGCAAGGAUCCUGGGUUAAUAUCAAUUUUAGAUCUAGACUCGCUAACACAACAGACCUCGGGAUCAUCGAUUCAUCCUCUAGCUACUUUUCCCGUACCUCAUGGGUGUAGCUUUCUGUCACUUGCGCCUAGCGGUCUCGCUUUGUUCACCGCAAGUAGUAAAGGCGAUGUCCAGUUUGUCUGGGAUCUCAUGCGGUUGCAUUAUUCAAGGUCAUCUCUUCUCAAAGGGGCGGGGUCCCAAGGUGGAGGUGUACAUGGAUCGCAUGUUCGACAGAUUGCACAAUUCUCGCGCAUGACCAUUGCAAGAAUUGUGGACGUCGUAUGGACGGCACCACAUGGUGAGCGUGCUGCAAUGGUAACGGAGCCUGGAACGGUCCACAUUCUUGACCUUCCAGCUAGUGCAUUUACAUGGCCUCCACCACGACGGCGGAUUCAUUCAGGAAGCUCUGAUCAGACGAACCUCGAUAGCAACAACGCUACUCUUUCUGCUGUCGGAGUAGCUUCAAGUGCUGUGUCAUCACUGUGGACUGUAGCUCGACCUCUCGUCGGUUCUCGCAGGCGGCGAAGCAGUGUCGGUCUUCCGGGUAUCACUGCUGCUAGUGUGAAGUCGCAAGCAGGCCAGGGAACGCAGGCAUUGGCUGCUGGGAUUAGCCGGUCUGUAGGCGCUGCAACUGGUAAGAUGAAUGAAAUGCGAAAGUCUGGCGGAACGAAAUUGCACCUACCUAAGAGCAGAAAUAUCCCCAGCCCGAACUGCGUCAGAUUCUACAAUGGGAAGCAUGGUGAUUCAAUCAUCGUAGUCGGUGGAGGGAUUGUCCGAAUCUACACAGUGAAAAGUAGAAGGGCAGAUCGUCCAGCCGACAAGCAAAAGGCAUCCAGGGGUGCCAAAUACGUCGAAUUUCAGGUACCACCUCUACCUGACAUUAGAAUUGCGCCAGGUCCAGUACCCGACGAUGUUCUUGGUACAUUAGCCAGAGAUACAGCGGAUAAUUGGAAAGCGAGACAGGUAUCAAGUCGGGUAUCGCUUCCCUCUGGAGCCGAAUCUUCGAUACCUCAAGCAGAGAUUGAGUCGAAUGCACCAUAUCAGCCAUUUCAUACAGAUCGCCGGGUUAACCUCCAUAUAUAUUCUCAUGAAACGACUACACCAUCAUCUUCCACAUCUACAAGUGGUUCAUCUGACGUUAUUGUGACUGAAUCGACAAAGAAUGCGUGGGCAUUCGGCGGCCCUAUAAGAAGUGUGAGACUGGAUGUUGGUCCGCCCCAACUUACAGAAGAUGACUACGAAACUUCCUCUUACCAUAGGGCUCUCCCGUCUUCUGCCAUCGAGCGAGUAAUGAGGAUCGCAGACAGCAGUCAUGAGGACAUGGAGCAGAUUGUAGUUACUACGAGAAGACGCAAGGGUGCUAGCUCUAAUGGUGCCAUAAACGCAGGCAACGAAGACGAGGAAGGCUUCUUUGAAGAUGAUUGCGAGGUCCUAGAUUUUGCUAGCCAACGAGUUUGA